UCAGAUUACGAUGGAAGUUGCUCUGGCACUACUAUUUGGUGCAACCAUUCUCUUAAUUGUUCCAUUCAAGUACAUAGCUGCUUUCCUGAUUUUUGAUGCAUUCACUCGAGAACUCACUUUCCGAAGGCAAAUGGUUUUGAGAUUCAUGAGCCUUCUGAAGGAGCGGUGGGACAUGGUGCCUGCCGCUCCAGUUGUCGUGCUACCAUUUGAGGAUGAUGAGUCCGAUGCACCAAGCCAAAGAAAGGAGUCCAGUAAUGAUGAUGUAGGAAAACCAGAAAAACAGCUAAAGCAGUAGGUUAUUGUAAAUCUUCUUCUAGGUAUUUUCUUUUCUUGUCUUUGUUCUUUAUCCGGGUAGUUGGCGGUAGCAGUAGGAGUGACAGGUUGAAGAUGAAGCAGAAAAACAUUUUUGGUCUUAAUAACAGUAAUAUUUGGGUGGGAUUUUAUAGUUUAGCCUCUUGGACCCUAGUUGAAAAGGUUAUUGAUUUUGUAUGAAUCUCUUCUGAAAAGGAGACAGAGCAUUAGAAUAUAAGAUGAUGUGAUUUUAUUGUUGUUUUCA